AUGUUGGACCGGAUUACCUUACUAGGUAUGAUACAAAUAUUGAUGACACCACCACGCACUCAUGUUCUGUUAUUAUCCGAUCAAUGUCAAAACAAGCCGAAACACCAUCUACAGCACCUGAAACAACAUCCUCAACAACAAACACUACAACCAACAGUUCCUGCUGAUACAAAAGGUCCACCAACACCGGUUCAUUAUCUUGAUUUGAGCCUGGAAAGAAUCCAAAGGGAACAAAGUUUCGAUGCUGAUAUUCAAAAGAUUCUGACUCAGAUGCAUGAACCACUCAUGCAUAACUUUUUAUUAUAUAAUAAUCUCUUAUAUCGUCUAAUAGAUCAGAAGAAAAGUGGUACAAGAAAGAAACUCCCGUAUAUUCCCGGAUCAAUGAUCCAGAUGGUACUCGGAGCGUUUCAUGAUCAUCCAUUAAGUGGUCAUUUUGGAGUGUAA